CUCUUUCCUUUAUAUAGUCAGUCUUCGACAUAAUACGUCAAUGGAAGACGAAGGAGAAAAAAGAAAACCAGAGAAUAACGACGUUAACGUUUCAGAAACUGCAAAGAAGAAGCCAAAAGAGGAGAUGAAAACGGAGUCAAUAUCAGAAGAGGAAGUGGAAGAGUUCUUUGCUAUAUUACGGAGGAUAAAAGUUGCCGUUAAAUACUUCAGUAGUAAAGUUGACGGAGCUAGCGGCAGUGGUGGCCGGAAAAUGACGUAUGACAUCGAGCAAAAGUGUUCCGACGAAUUUAUCGGUGAUAAUAAUGAGGAUUGUAAAGGGAAAAAGUAUUGAAGAAAAUAAGGGUUUUGAUCUUAAUAUGGACCCUUAUGAUCCUGAUCAUGAGAAUAAUUCAACUUGAAGUGUUCUUAAUAUAUAAACAUUUCUUAUAUGGCCAGUGUAUAUUUCUUUUCUUGGAUGAUAUUGUGUAAAUAACUUUCCUUUCUGAUUAAUUUCUAAUGCAGCAUUAUCAAAGUUUAAUAAAGAAAUGAAUAGUUUGAAAUA